GUGUCGGCAGGUGAAGGGAAAGUUUGGCCCGUGCGUGGGGCCGGGGUGGAGGGCGGGACAGAGGGGCCGGGCCCAGGCGAAGCUCCAGUCGCUGCUGCAGCGGAGGCCGAGGACGGGACUUGGACCGGGCCGGGGAGUGCCGGACGCAGAGGAGCAGGAGGCGAGAUCCGCCGGAGCUUCGAGCCCCCGCCGCUCCGCCGCGCGGUGACCCCGCACCCAGGCGCCCUGCGGACCUGGUUGUUCUCGAGGAGAUUGGUGGGGUCGCGGCGGCAGCGGUUGGGGGUGGGGAGAGGCGCGGCGAGGAAAGGAGAGAGGUCAGCGAGUUGGAGGGAGGACCGAGAGCUCAGCUGCCGUCAUGUCCGAGGACUCGAGCGCCCUGCCCUGGUCCAUCAACAGGGACGAUUACGAGCUGCAGGAGGUGAUCGGGAGUGGAGCAACGGCUGUGGUCCAAGCAGCAUAUUGUGCCCCUAAAAAGGAGAAAGUGGCAAUCAAACGGAUAAACCUUGAGAAAUGUCAAACUAGCAUGGAUGAGCUCCUGAAAGAAAUUCAAGCCAUGAGUCAGUGCCAUCAUCCUAACAUUGUGUCUUACUACACGUCGUUUGUAGUAAAAGAUGAGCUGUGGCUAGUCAUGAAGCUGCUAAGUGGAGGUUCUGUUCUGGACAUUAUUAAGCACAUUGUGGCGAAGGGGGAACACAAAAGUGGAGUCCUAGACGAGCCUGCCAUUGCUACAAUACUCAAAGAAGUGUUGGAAGGGUUGGAAUACCUGCAUAAAAAUGGGCAGAUUCACAGAGAUGUGAAAGCUGGAAAUAUUCUUCUUGGAGAAGAUGGUUCAGUACAGAUUGCAGACUUUGGUGUUAGUGCUUUUUUAGCAACUGGUGGUGAUAUUACCCGAAAUAAAGUGAGAAAGACCUUUGUUGGAACCCCUUGCUGGAUGGCACCCGAAGUUAUGGAACAGGUCCGAGGGUAUGAUUUCAAAGCUGAUAUCUGGAGUUUCGGGAUCACAGCGAUUGAAUUGGCCACGGGGGCUGCUCCUUAUCAUAAGUAUCCGCCAAUGAAGGUUUUGAUGUUGACACUGCAAAAUGAUCCUCCUUCUUUGGAAACUGGUGUUCAAGAUAAAGAAAUGCUAAAAAAAUAUGGAAAAUCAUUUAGAAAGAUGAUUUCAUUGUGCCUUCAAAAGGAUCCAGAAAAAAGACCAACAGCAGCAGAAUUGUUGAGGAACAAAUUUUUCCAAAAAGCAAAGAAUAAAGAAUUUCUUCAAGAAAAAUUAUUGCAGAGAGCACCAACCAUUUCUGAAAGAGCUAAAAAGGUUCGGAGAGUACCAGGUUCCAGUGGCCGUCUCCAUAAGACAGAAGAUGGAGGCUGGGAGUGGAGUGAUGAUGAGUUUGAUGAAGAAAGUGAGGAAGGGAAAGCAGCAAUUUCACAACUCAGGUCUCCCCGAGUGAAAGAAUUAUCAAAUUCUGAGCUGUUUCCAACAACGGAUCCCGUGGGUACUUUACUUCAAGUUCCAGAAGAGAUUUCUGCUCAUCUACCUCAGCCAGCUGGGCAGACGCCUGCACAGCCAACUCAAGUCUCUCUCCCACCCCCCGCAGAGCCAGCAAAAACAGCUCAGGCUCUGUCUCCAGGAGCAGGUUCACAAGAAACCAAGAUCCCCAUCAGCCUAGUACUAAGAUUAAGGAAUUCCAAAAAAGAACUAAAUGAUAUUCGAUUCGAAUUUACUCCUGGGAGAGAUACCGCGGAGGGCGUCUCUCAGGAACUCAUCUCUGCUGGCCUGGUGGAUGGAAGGGAUUUAGUCAUAGUGGCAGCUAAUUUGCAGAAAAUUGUGGAAGAACCGCAGUCGAAUCGAUCUGUCACUUUCAAACUGGCAUCUGGUGUCGAAGGCUCAGAUAUUCCGGAUGAUGGUAAACUAAUAGGAUUUGCCCAGCUCAGUAUCAGCUAAAUCACGGCCCUGGACGAGGAGGCCUCAGAAGAUUCCACACAUGCGUAUCUCUGUUACUUCUGUGGCCUAAACCCACUACUGCCAAAGAACCCAGCAACAAACUUCCCAGCUAGGAGUUUUAGAGGUCUUUCCUCAUGUUCGUCCUGCCAUCAUCCCCCCCGUUUCCCACAGGGAAAGAAAAGUUGGAUCACCAGUGGCCAGCAUCCCCUUACAGAGUUCCGUUAGUCAACUUCCAUGUCUCCUAUCUUCCUCCAUCUGCGACGUGGCCCGCGUGCCUCAGCCCGGGAGGAGAUCUUUCAGCUCAUCUUGCCUUACUCCAUUGAUGGCGCUGGGUGGAAAGUAGCAGCUGUGUCGGGCUUCCUCGUGCUGCCUCUUCUCCCACACCUGACAGGAUGUGGGCACCUUGGGAUGUCUCUUCACCCCACUGAAGUAGCAAUUAAAAGUUGAUUGUCCAGCUGGAGCCCAGAGAAUUUAAUUUAGGGAUUUUUUUUUUAAUCUGAUGUGAAUUCUAGCAACCUUUGUUAGGAAAAAGCACAGCCUCAGAUGGAGGCAGCCGAAACUGUCUUCGAGUUUUGUUGAUGAUGUUUCUAAGCGUUUUGCUGAAGCUGCUCUCAGGCACCCUCUUCAUUAUUCCCUCCAGAAAGGGUUGCUAGCCUUAACUUCAGCUGGUGCAAAACAUCUGACUGUAGUCGAACUUCAGCCAUCGGAUCCUUCAAAGUGGAACUUGGAACAGUUUUUAGAGAAAAUACCAAGUAUUGGCUUGUUAAAGUGAAUUUUCCCAGCGGUGGUUUUUGGACAGAAAAAAAAAAUCAAAACUCAUAUCAUUGUGGAAGUUAUUUAUUUUCAGAAUUUAAAAAAUUAAAUUGAAGGAAAACUGCUCCUCAAUCCUCCCCUGAAAAUCAGUUUGCCUGGCCUCCGAGUCACGAGGAAAUGCAAGGCUGAGAUUUCUGCAGCAAUAACGGAGACACCACUGCGCUGGAGAGGCCUGCCUCCGCCCCUCGCCUGCACUGACCCUUCGGAGGGGGUCCACCCCGCGGUGCACUGAACCGGGCCCAAGGCAGAGAGUGAAACCACAUGUGCCGUGACUUAGGAUUUCUGACAGACAGUAUUCAUUUGAUUUUCUACAGAAAUAAUGUAAAUUAUUCUUUAGGUUUUAAAAAAGAGCACUCAUAAUGCAAUUUGUGAAUAAUCAAUGGGGUUGAUUUUUUUUUUCCUACUGUUUCACAGUCAGCCUUUGUCUAAUUGCAAAGAGUCCUAACGUGUUUUGUAUAUGUAAGGGAUCCUCAAUCUGGCCUUACACCACACACACAGAGGCUUUGGCCCCAGGAAGCGGGGAGAGCUGAGCUGCCUCUUAGGGAGCGGCUCCAGCACGUCCAUUGUUGGUCUGUGAACAGCAAGAUUGCUUUACCUGGUUUUCUCGGAGUGUCUCAAGGCUCUCCCUACAGGUGACCUGUCACAGUUCUUGUUUCAUCCGGAGCUUGUAGUUUUAGUCACGGGCUUUCUUAGCCUACCCUGGAUGCAAAGGCAUGUUGGGAAAGGGGUGGAUGUUGGGGAGUAGGAGAGAGGAUGGGUUUGAGACGGAGGUUGGGAAGAAAGGAGAUUACGGAUCAGACACCAAAGUCCAUGGUCCAAGCAGGAUUGUUAAUGGGAGAGAGCCUGCUGAGCCUAGAGAGAGGAAAGAAGGUUGAUCAGCUUGCUGGGAAAAUAUUUACCUUUUUCUUUCUUUUUUAAAAAAAUGUAUUUAUUUUUUUUUAGAGGCAGGUAGAGGGAAUAAAGACAGGGAGGUAGGAAUAAGUUUGAAAAAGAGAUAGUGUCCUCUUUGGCGCGAGACUAGUAACUUACCUAGAGUCUGUGUUUUGGUGUCCAAUAAGCCCAUCAUCUACUUGUUUAUGAGUCCGAAGGGUGUGGCAUCGCUGUUGGGGCUUUCUGUUUGUAGGCGAUUGAAGCCCAGGCCGGGGGAAGCCCAUCCUCCUGGUCAGUGUCUCCUGCCAGCCAUUACCUUUGGACGGCAGUGGGACAAGCAUGGCAGUGGAAGUGGCUGGGGCUUUCUCUUUGCUCCCAGUUCAUUGUUUGCCCUGCUGGGAACGAGGAGUCACCAGGCUGCAUGCGGUAUGGUGGACUCCCUUUGCUGCCUCGCGCAGUGAUGCUGAGAAAAUAAGUGAACAGAAACUUCCAGGUGGGACAGCACGUGACCUAGUGAGAGACCUCGCUCCCUUCUGGGAGUGGUGGGCGGUUCGGGGUACACGCUUUUCCCAAGGUCCCCAGGACUCCCUGUGGUAGGGACUGACUUUAGCACAAGUUAACCUGUGCCAAUGCUGUUUGUGAAAUGUAUGGUGUUUCUAAAUGACUAUUGGAUUUGUUUGGGUUUUUUGCUUACGUUUUGAACCAAAUCCUAGAGCCAGCUGAUACUAUUUAAUAAUCUGGAGGAUAGAAUAAUAGUGUAUCAAUAAAUGGAGGUUCCUCCUUACGACGUGUGCUAGAUUAUGGAAGAUGUAAAAUAUUUGACUCACCCCCACCCUUUUUUUGACUUUGUAUUUUGCUGCAUGUUUCCUUCAUUUUUAAUCAAUAAAGAGUAAAUUGUC